AAAUUAAUUGAUGAAAGAAUUGCUCCAAUUAAAAUGGAACUAAAAAAUCCUGUAUGGCUUUCCAAUUUCAGGAUUAAUCAAAGGAUUGUAAAUAGAUAUCGAACAGGUCGCGCAUUUGUAGCUGGAGAUGCUGCUCACUGUCAUUCGCCAUUUGGAGGUCAAGACAUGAAUUUAGGAAUUCAGGACGCUCAUAACUUAGCAUUCAAAUUGGUUCUAGCUAUUCGGAACCAGGCAGUUGACGUUAAUAAAAUUUUUGAUAGUUAUGAACAAGAACGAUAUCCCGUCGGUAAAAAUGUUGUUUCAGGUACUGGUUUUGUUACGAAAAUGUUGGGUGGCAGUGAUAUUAUUAGUACAUUCCUCCGAACACGUGUAGUUCCUUUAAUGUUUAAUUUCUUUCCUCAAUUUACAAUUUAUAUUUUUAUAGUUUUCACAUUUUUAGUCUAUACCUCAGAAAUAUAA